UCACGCCUGGAGCGAUUGCUGUCUUCCUUCAUUCUGCGUCUGUGUGACAUCUUCGGCGAAGGGCUUCGGCACAGAAGCAUGCGCACCUGCACACAGACACAUGCAAACAUGCACACAUACACAUACAAUACCCGAGUCUGCAUGUUUUUGUUGCGUGAGAGUGUGCGGGCUCACCAAGGGAUGGACCAUUGAGUGUGGGGAAGAAGAGAGCGCAGCUGCGAUAGAGCCAGCAGCAGAUGUCAUGAAAGCAACACCACGUCUGUGGGCGAACAUGUCAAGUGUACACUGUCCCGUGUGCAGUGCUGUUUGAGCCGCUGACCAUGUCCACUCGCCGAGUAGAGAUGAGAAGUCGUCUGACCGAGUGUGAGCAGUCGCUGCACAACGUCCACGUGUGGGUGGUGUUGGCAUCGCACGGCCCAAUGCGACCACGAUGUGCUUGCCUGCAGGCAGGCAGGCACGCACCAUCAGGCAACCCACCAUGUGUGUCCUGAUACACACAGCGUACCCGAAAGCGAUUUCGAUCGUCCUCUCUACGACGUAUUCUCCGUAUCGGUCCCACAUCAUGGCGUACAGAGGCGCGCCGGUCACAUAGGCAAAGUAAUGGUGACUGACUGCAUAGCCACGCACAUACACACACACACACACACACAGAGAGGCACAGGUGUGUGUGUGGAUGCAUGGUGCGUGGCGUGUGUGUGUGUGGAGGGUCCUAGUGUACCUGGCGAAGAAGCUGGUGCGCAGCACGAGCAAUAACACACAAACAAGAUACACUUGUCCAU